CUUUGCUAUCGUGUUUCGCACAGUAUAAAUAAGAGGUUUAUCUGAGAAUAUAUCACAUACUCCAAUAGCACUGUCGUCGUCGGCUUCUUCCUCUGCUCUUAUGCAACCGACGCUGGAACCGCGCUGAAUCGCCAUUUGUGCGAGUAGGCAAUGGAAAGCGCAUGGAGCAACGGCAAGAUGAAGGUCCUGAAGCCGAGGACUUCGAACGAGAACAUUCCACCGAUGCAGAUAGACUCGGAUGAGAGAAGAGGACGCUAUAUCCAACCGUCAGCGAUGAGUCCACGGUUUCAACCGUACGCCGAAAACAUCGACGCCGGUUCGCCUCUCUCGCGUUACCUGUUCGCCGGAUCGCCGUUGUCCGGGAAGGUCGCUUCCGCCAGCGAGGCAUUCAGCCCUCCCUCGUUCAGCGCAUGGUCCACGAAAGGUCUUCCGUAUUGCGGCAAUAGUUCGGGGCGGAGCAGCAGCUUCGGCUCUCGCGGUAGGUUGUCGCCGUCACCGCUUUCGUCGAUCGAGAACAUGGAGGUCGCGUCAUUCAUGUCGCCGCCAAUGUACCGAACGGCGGCGACUGGGGACGACGACGUUCUCGUGAUGGAUGACAUUCUAGUGAGACCAAUGUCCGGGGGAAAGAGUGGAAGGUCUUCAUCCUCCUCCGGCCGCGGUUCGUCCUCUUCGUCGUCGGCGUCCAAGAGCGUGUUCAAGACAGAUAUUUGCAGAGCGUGGGAAGAGUCCGCUAGCUGCCGCUACACCUCCAAAUGCCAGUUACACUUAAAAGAAGAGGCUCAGUCUGGUCGUCCCUCCCCGAAAAGCAAAUCCAGGGCAGAGACAAGCACAUCAUCAUCUGUGAGAGCAGGAUCAAGCACGCAUGGCCCAAGCAGCGACAUUGUUGAACAGCAGGAUGCAGGAGCGGAGUCUGAUCAGCAAGGCGCAACUUCCCAACCAACUUCACCCGAAUCUGCCAAUAACUGGUCACCCCUGGAUGAUGGUAUUGAGGUUGUACUCCCAGGUUCAGAUGAAGCUCCAUCAAGAGAAGAAAUUCAUGCUUAUAUUUCCAGUCUUAAACAUGGCCGGACUGCUAAAAGGAGACUACCGGUAUUUGAAGCAAUUAUCAAAGGGACUUGAUUCCCACCAUUCAUAAAACAACGCCUCUUCACUGAUGGAACUUACUAUUCUAACUCAACCAUGCUGUUUUUUCUUCCUUUUUCAUUCGAAUAAUUUCCCCCACUUUUUAAAUAAAUAAAAUCAUGGUUGUGGGGGCGUACUGGAAACUAUAACCGUGGUGACCAGAAUACCUGUGUAGUUGUGCAUACAUUUCGGAAUAACGACAUGAUAUUAAGAAGAAAAGAAACAUUAUCGCUA